AUCUCGUGUUUCACUAAACAUCCAUUAAUGAAUGACGCCUUGAGGAGAAAAGCCUGAACACAAGAUGUGAUUUCAUGUUUUCAUUUGCACAUCAUCUUGACUGAGAUCAUCACAAUGCCUCAGACUAAGGCCAAGAGGGCUACUGAGAAGGCUCCAGACAGGUCAACGGAUAAAACCUCCGAGAAGGCUGUUGAGAAGAAUUCAGAGAAGGCAUCUGAGGAGACGUCAGACAAAGCAUCUGAAAAUGUUCCUGAAAAGACCGUCGAGAAGGUUAUCAAGAAACGCAUCAGAUCCGAUGACCAGAGGGAAAAGAAUGGAGUCCAUGUCUUCUUAGGAGCUAAGGACUUUCCAAGGUGGUGUGCCCUAAAGAAUAAAUCUGGAUGCAAGACCAAUGUGCAACUCAUGAGAUGGCUGCUUGCUAUGGCAGAGAAGUAUAUAGGAAUUUACUGCCAAGAAGACAUUAAGACGAACGAGAAGAGUGACCCAGGCUCAGCAGGUGAUGGCAGCGUGACUGUAGGCAACCCAAAGUCAGAGGUGACUCCAGUGAGUACUGUCAAGGAUGAAGAGCCUCCUAGCACCAGUCGGGAAGAACCAACCAGAUCUCCAAGAGCAAAGAGGAAAGCAUCCCGUAAAUCAAUGCCAGACGGAAAGUCCCACGAAGACCAAGACACUGAAAAAACGCAGACAAAUGAAAGCAAAGAUGGAGAACAACCUUCUAGUUCUGCUCGAGCAAAGACAAGAUCACCAAGGACAAAGAGGAAAGGAAUCCAAAAAUCACUUUUGGAUUCAAAGACUGAUAAGACUAAUGAAGAGCCAGCUCCUGAAGAAUCUCAUGUGAAUGAUGACAAUGAACCUGAUCAUAGUGGGGUUGCUGAAGCCCCAAGAACAAGGAAAACAGUUCGCAAAGCAUUAUCAGAUCAAAAGUCUAAGUCUGAUAAAAGGACAAAGCAGAGUGUCGGUACACCAAGUAUUGAUGGUGAAGAUACUUCUCAGGUCAAGGAUUCUAAGACGAGGAGCCAGGUCCCAUUGAAGGGGCGGUCAAGAAGGCUAACCAAACAACGGCAGGUGUUGCAGAAGGAUGUCAAGAAACCAGUUAGUACAAGAAAUACGAAAGCCUCAUUGAAAAGAAAGGCAAAGGAAAAUCUCCCAGCUGCAAAGAACAAAAAGGCAGUUGAAAAGGUGGAAGAAAAGGUGGAAGAAAAAGUGGAAGAAGCGAUGACCGAUCUGCUACCUCCAAAGAAGAAAAAGACAGUUGAAAAACUGGAUGAAAAAAUGGAAGAAGCAAUGACCAAGGACGAAGGAGAAUGUUCAGAUUUGACUGCUGAUUCCAAGUUAAGCAGGUGCACAGUGAGGUUGUCUUCAUUAGACAAGGAGGAGAUAACAAAGAUUGAAGACCCUAAAGGUAACAAAUCCUCACCACCAAAAGACAAGGAGAUAACUAAGAUUGGAGACCCUAAAGGUAACAAAUCCUCACCACCAAAAGACAAGGAGGAGAUAACAAAGAUUGAAAACCCGAAAGGUAACAAAUCCUCACCACCAAAAGCACAACCGAAAAAGACUGCAAAUACAAAGCAAAAAAAGUCACCAAGAGAGCUGAGGGCAGUGGCUCGAGCCAAGGCAGCAGCUAAGGCAGCACAAGUGCAUCGAUGCCCGGAGUGUUUAAAGACAUUUUCCAAUAGGGCAAACCUUAAGAGACAUUGUGAAUUGCAUUCAUCUCUCUCCUACCCCUGUCCAGAAUGUGGCAAAUCCUGUAAGUCUAGCGCCCAGCUCUGGGCCCACAAGCGCAGACUUCACGUCCAUAAGUAUGACUGCCCUUAUUGCGAUAAAAAGUUUGGACUGCCAAGUUUGCUUGCAAAGCAUAGGAAGAGCCAUGCGGAAGAGAAGUUGCUGAAUGAUCAAGCAAAAUUUCAUCGUGCCCAGGAACCAAGCAUUCAGGAACACAGCGUCCAGGAAGAAAGCAUCAAGGAACACAGUGUCCAGGAACUUGGCGUCCAGGAACACAACGUCCAGGAACAGAGCGUUCAUGAACAAAGAAUUCAGGAACAGAGCGUUCAGGAACGUAGUGUCCAGGAACACAGCAUAGAGGAACCCUGCUUAUGUCAUUUAUGUGGUAUGUCAUUUAAGAAACGGGAUGAAAUGAAUGACCAUGUCUGCCAAGCGAACAAGCCAUCUGAGGAUUUGAUUGACCAUAACAUCCAAACAAACAAGCCUCCUGAUGCUCCUGGUGAUUUGAAUGUCCAAAUUAGCCAAAUGAACAAGUCAUCCGAAUGUGAUAAAACAUACAAACCAGAGGAGUCCCUCAUAAACCAUAUGGAACCUCAGAAGAAAACUGCAGAUGUGGAUUUACCCUACAGUUGUCAUAUUUGUAACAAGAUGUUCAAGACAAAGAAAGGCAUGAAAGGACAUGUAAAUCGCCAUGACAGAAGCGAGACAUUCCAGUGUGACACUUGUCAAAAGGUGUUCAGUUGUAAGAAUCAUCUUCAGAGACACAAAUUAGUCCACAGUGACACCAAGCCCUAUCAUUGUCCAGAAUGUAAUCGUGGCUUCACUCAGAGCUCUAACAUGGAGACUCACAGACGCAUCCACUCUGGCGAUAAGCCUUUUACUUGUGAUUUGUGUGGAGAGACAUUCAGACAGAACGUUACCUUGAAGACUCACAAACAAAAGGCUCAUGGUAUUAACAUCUGGAAUGAGACACCAACAGCCCCUCAUGUUGGCAGGCCAACCAUUACAAAGACUGCAGAACCUAAAGUCAAGAAACCAAGGGGCAGAAAAGGUGCAAAAAAAUCCCAAAUUCCCCUUCCAGCACCUCUAACGGUACUGCGUGUUCCCCCAUUGGAGCCACAAAUUCAACAGUCUUCAGAGAUUCAAUCUGUGCCAUCACAAGGAAUAUCUCAUAGUCAUGAACAUAAUGAAAAGGUGCAAACUGAAGAGAAGCAAGUAAAAAGUCCUCAAGAGAAUACAAUUUUACAUCAAGCAAAGGAAAGUGGUGACCUAUCAAUGAAAAAUCAACCUGCUGAGUGCCAGGCCCAACCCAAUCAUCAAGAGUUACAGUCACAUGUUGGAGGACAACCACAAGAACAUCCGAAUGCUGAUCCUUCACGACAUCAGCAAGAUACAGGGCACAAUCAACAUCCCAUAAAUCAACAGCAACAACAACCUCCAACUGAAACUCAGCAUCAGCAACAUCAGCCCGGCCAGCAGCAACAACAAGCAGAGCAGCAUCAACAGGAGCAACUUCAACAUGAAAGUCAAAAUCACUAUAUUCAACUGCAACGUCCCAAUCCUGUGCACCAACAGCCUCUAGCUCCACAUCCUCAAACUCAGCAACCUCAAACUCAGCGACAACCUGAAGAUCAGUAUCAGCCAGCAAAGCAACAUCAAAAAGAUGAUUCCAGAAAUAACUCUGACAAUCAGCAGGCACAUCAACAGCAACUACAGCCAUAUCAGCAAGGAAACUAUGGCAAGGUCAGUCAGCAGUAUCAACCUCCAGAACUCCAACAUCAGCAACCCCAGCCAUUGCAAUAUCAACAGCCGCAACUGCCGCAACAUCAACACUACCAACAGAAAGAAUUUGUUGCUUUACAGGAUAGAAACAAUGGGCCAUUCUCGCAUGAAAUCAGAUCAUACCAGCGUGAAAGCAUUACCACUUCCAACUAUUACUCACACUAUAUGCAGUCCAGCAAGAUAUCUUCUGGGUGGUCCCCAUCACUUCCUCCUCCACCUUCCCAGCCUAUCAAUCCUCCUCCUCCCUUGAACAGAACCAAUGAACCUACCACAUCUCAUCAUAUGCCAAUGCCUCUCAUGCAGAACAACUCACCACCAUCGCAUCGAUCAACUCCAGGUGCUAACACCCAUCAUCAUCUCCAGGCUCUCCUAGAUUUAGAGUCUAACAUUGGUAACGGUGCACCAGCCAGGCAAGCUCCUGUUUCAUCAGCAGGUGCGACAAUUCAGAGCCCCCCUCCAACACCCAUUCAACAUUCCCGCUCUAGCCCUUCCCCAUCACCCCAAGAAUCAUCAAGACCACCCUCCAAAGGACCCCAGUUCCAGAACUUGUUCCAUUCGCCACAAGCCAGUCCACUUUCAUCCACCUUCCCAUCAAAUCAUUUGAAUUUACGUCCCCCUCUAAACAACAGCAUACCUUCCAAUUACCCCAUCCCAUGCCCCUCUCCUCGGCCCCUUAGCCCCUUUUAUGCGCCAACAGGUGCGCCCUAUCAAGGUGCAACACGCGAGAUGAUCAGUUCUCAAACCCAUGAACCAGACCAUGCUCAUUCAGCACCUUUGAGGCCUUGGUACAUGGGACCACCAGAUACUGGCAAUCAACCAGCUCCUCUAGCCCUUGCCGGUAUGCACUACCCCUCUUCUAUGGGGGCGCAGGCCCAGCCUCGUAUGCCCUACAUGGGAUACCCAAAUGCCCCCAUGCCCUUCCCUUUACCCGGUAACCCUACCCCUCCAAGCCAGCAGAGAUGGGGUCAUUGACAUUUUAGAUAAUGUGUUUCAGACAACUUGGUAUUUAAAGCAAGAAUUUAAGCAUUAGAUGAACAUACAUGCAGUUUCCUAUGUUAUAUUACGCUUCAUGGAAUUACCGUUUUGGGAGUAUGGAGUGCUUCCUUUUAUGUAUGGAGGUUUUGUGAUCUGUACAACAAUAAAAUUGCUUUCGUAUUGCUCUUUAGGUCUCAAAAAAGGUAUGCAGCCUAAUGCAGGCACUUUUUGAAAAAAAACAAAGGUUACUUGUGUCUGUUAUGAAGAUUCAAAGUAAAUAUUUGAAAAUAUCUUUCAUGUGCUGGUAAGUGUAUAUUACCAGUAUUAGGUCUGUCACUCAAUAUCGUUUGGAAGGAAGCAAUGUAUUACAAAACUGAAAGUUUUAUUAUUUUCUCUUAUUUUCACAAGUCCACUUUGGAAUUCAUGCCCAUGGCUGCAAAUCAACAAAAAAAAAAAUGAAGUACGUGACAGAAGAACAGAAAAUUUGAAAAAAAAUCUCUACACAAUAUUGACAUGCAUAUUUGUACAUGUGCCAGGACUGCAUUGUUUUCCAAACUUGACUAUGUUGGAGUUUCAUAACCUAUAGAAUUUUUGUACCUCAUUUAUGAAUAUAUGAAUUUCUUUCAGCUUGUAAAUACCAAAAGUUCAAUGUUGAUAAGAUUUUAAAUCUACUGUGCAAAUAACUUAAUUUGUAAAAUUAGUGAAAUGUACAUGUAUUUUUACAUUUUUUUGACUUGUGUUUUACAUUUUGCAUAAUGUAUCAGUUUUACAUUAUUGAUAACUGCAGUGGAAUGCAUAUAGACUAAGUGUUCUGUUAAUUUUCUUGUGUUAAUGUGUUUGUACAAAUGUACCAUUUGCUAUUUCUGGUUUAUUUGAAGUUUAAUCCAAAAGAGAUGUCCAAAACAUGUGGAGUAUUUGUUGCAGUUUGAGUAUAGUUAAAAAAAACAUAGCAUACAAUUCUUUGGAAAUGGUAUUUCUCUAUAUUAGUUGUUUAGAACAUAUUUUUUUCAGAACAUUUACACAAAGUUUUUGGCAUACUAAAAUUUCUGGUGGCUGUCACAAACAAAUCCAAAUAGAAAACCUUGAUUAGUUUUCUCAUGAAAUGAAUGGUUAUGUCAUAAAAUAAAGAUAAUGUUCUGAAAUAUGCAUAUACCUGGCCAAAAAGUGUAUAUGGGGUUAACAAUAAGAUUUAUGUACAUGUAAGAUGUAGCAAGUUGUAUGCCUGACUAUUUGAUAUUUAUGUGUUCUAAAGAAAUCAUGUUGGAAAUUUAUAGGGUGAUAAUUGAUGAUACUGUACAGAUGAUAUAUGUACAUCAGAGUUGCCAACACUUACGGAAUAUUAAUGAAAUGUGUUCUACUUUAAAUUCAGUGUUUACUUCCCGAUUGAAUGACUGAGCAAAAAAGUAUUGUUAACAUGUAAUUUUGUCUCGUAAGAAAGCAAUUAGUUCAGCCGUUUGGUUAUUCACAUUGCAAUGUAUUAUCUGAUUAAUAUUCCAUAACGGUUGGCAUCUCUGGUACAGAAAUUAAAUGAUCCUGAUUUGUGCAUUGGAUAUUAUCUGUUGGAUAGUACUGGGUUGUAACAAACUGUGGUAAGAUACACAAUUUGAUGGGAUGUUAUGGGAGUCUAAGGGGCUUAGAUCAUCCCAGCACUCUAUGCUCACAUAGCUGAAUUAUGUGUAUGAAUUUUGAUUGCAUUGCAGAUAACUGUUGAUAUUUAGCAGUUAGUAAAUGACCCCUGGGUCCCGUAACACAAAGGUUAGCGAUUGAUCGUACGCUUGAUUUUCACAAUUGAUUGUACAUUGUAGUCAAUGGAAUCAAAAGUAGAGAACGUUCUACGAUCAUUGCUAAGCUUUGUGUUACGGGGCGUUAUAAUAUCCUAAAAAUGAAAAGCUACUGUAAGUUUGAAUGGUAAUGAAAUGUCUCUUAAAAUUGUUCCUAUGGUACAUAAUUGUACACAUUAAUGUGAAAGGGCAGACUAUAAUCUAGGCAGGGGCUGCUGCUUUUGUAUUUGCCUUUACGAGUCUGAUGCUGUUAAGCGUGACAUAUAUGUCUGAUGCAGAAGACUACACACAGUGCCUGUUAAACAUCCACCGCUUUUAUACACUCUAAUCUUGCAUUUUUUAUUAAUUGACAAAUAUCAAGUGUAUGUUUUUUGUAAUGAAAUAAGCUGACCUAAUCCUGGUUGAUUAAAAGAAAACAACUUGCGCAAGACCGGAGUGUAUAGGCGCAACAGUCUUCUGUAUCAGACACGUUUCUUGCAUUAAGCUAACAGCAAAUAUAAUAAGCUGCAGCCUCUGCGUACAUUAUAGGCUAGUGAAAGGGGGGGGGGCAGGAAUUAAGAAAAUACCUCUGAUUAAUUAAAGGUACUCUUAAAUUGUAUAAAUGUGAACAUUUUAUGUGUAUGUAAAUAAGUGUAAUUGCAUCUUGUAUAAUGGUCUAACAUGGAAUGAAUUUGUACAAAUGAUUUAUUCUAUGUUAUUGAAUACUUUUGUGCAACUCACAAUAUUUCAAAGUUACUAUGAAUGCUGUCACAAAGAUAUUUGGAUAUUUCUAAGACACAUGUUUUUCUGCAAGUUUGCAGAUGAUGAUGUAUUUGCUUGUUGAUUGCUUUAGUCUUUAUAGUAUAUCACUAUCAGUCAAUUAAUAUUUAUGUAUAAACAUGAUUUUUUUUCCCCUUUCAUGAGCAACUCUGAUUGGUUAAAUUGUGUAAAAAUGUAUUUAACUCUUUAUUGAUGUGCCAAUGAAAUUCCUGAAAUCCAAUGCAAUGAAUUCAUGGAUGUUCAUUUCACAAAGCUAUGUAGAUAAAUAUAUGUAUAUUGCAUAUACAUAGAAAUGUAUGAUUGUAAGUUUUUGUACAUGGUUUUCCAUAGACUUUAUACAGUUAUGUUUAAUUGUACAAUUGAUGGUACCUUUUACAUGUAGACCUGAGAUAUGUGGAUCAUCGUAAUGGCCCUUUUGUGUGGAGAUAUAUGGGACUUUUUUUUUAAUUUCAAACUACUGUACAUAAUGCCCACUCAUACAUAUCUGUGUAUUUGCUGUCAGUAAAUGUACAUGUACACCAUACACAGUUCCAUCCUUGCAUGACUCAACAGGAAGUUGUGAUACACUGGUUGUGAUACACAUUGCUUUCAUCGCAUAUUAAAUUUUAAAUGCUGUCUGGCUAUAUGGGAAGCAAAAUAUAACAGUUAAAAGCAUUUUGCCAUUUGGCUAGCAAGUUCAGUGAAUAAAAACAGGAAAAUGACUGAACUUGCUUCUUUGUUAAAUUGAAUUCAUAUGCUUAUAUGUACAUUGCAUUGGGGGGGGGGGGGCACUCAAAUUGUAUUUUGAUCGGGGUGUGCCUCACGAAACCCCGAAAUGGGGGUCUAAGGAACUGACCACAAGGGUUAAAUAUGGGGUCUUGAGAACUAAAAAUAAACCGGGUGGUGUGAAAAAACGGUCUACGGAACGGGAUCGCGGUACAGUAAGUACGGUGCACGCAAGCACUGUGCAUGUAUGUGAAGGCUGGCGGUGCAUGGAGCUGCUAGCGGAGGGAGUUGUGCUGGGCAUUUUUGGUAGGGCUGGGGAACUGAGAUGUUUCGUAACGGGGGUCUUGCGAGCGGGUUGGCUUCGAUCUCGAUGGAAAUUUUGUCUUUAUUCGGAGUAUCUAGAGAACUGGAAAAUUACAUGUAGGUCUGAAAAGGGGGUCAUCAAAGUGGCACGUCCCCGUACCACCAGAGUGCCCCUGAGGCAUUGUAUUGCAUUUUAAAGCUAAUAUUGUGUAGUACAUGUACAUGCAUUUUAAUUCUUGUGCAAGACAAAGUUGACAUUUUUCUGUAUUUCAGCACAAUUCUUUCCACAGUCAUGUUUUUACUAAUUUAUAUCCUUUUUAAUGUACAUGUUGAUAUGUAUGGUCAUUGCCAUUGACUUUUAUGCCAAAAGGUUACAUCUCUUAUAUCCUUGUUUUUUAGUGUGUAUAAGUGUAAAAUAUGUAUUGUGAUAAUGAUGUUGUACUUUAUGUAGGGACCAAAACCUUUUUUUU